CGUGCCUGAGCCAUGAUGAGAGUCAAGAGACACACGCACCCAUUCAUCAGCGGCCCCUCGGGAAACGCCUGCUGCACACUUCGUGAUGCCGCGGCCCCCAGCAGCAGCGCACAUGCACCGGGAUGCUUGUUGUUCCUGCAGUCUAUUUGCGGCCAUGGCUGCUGCCGUGCCCAGGGAGAUGGUGCCGACACUUGGAAGCUGCGGGCGAGGCUUGGCUGGAAGACAUUGUCGUCGUGCCGUCAACAUGGCUCGGCGGCCACUCCACCUCUUUUAUAUGCGCCGCACGUCUCCGGCAUCACAACUCUUUUGAAUCCCGUCAGCAGUUCGGAUGUUCAACUACCUUGCCAGUUUACCACGACAGCCGACACCGUCAAGGCUCCGGAUACCACGCCUGCCCCGUUUUGUUGCUCUCUUGCCAGGCAUCGCAUCGAUUUCCUCAGCCCCGCCGUCCUUUUGCGCCUCGGCCCAGCACCAUUACUUCGAUCGUCACGGGAUCUUUCUCGUUCGACAGCCCAGUGGAGAGGAAAUCAGUUUCCGUCACAGGCCUAUGGCUGAGCCCUGACGCCGAAUUUUCGGAAUCUCAUGACAGGAACAGCGUUGUGGUACUCGGAGGCAAGAACUUUGAGAGCAAGACACACCUUUCUGGCGAUAUCAUCAGCGGUAGGUGUUGCAAAGCGAGCCAAUACCACCCUCUUUCAGCUGCCUUUGUCAAUCCAGUCCACCGCCCCCAGUUCCGCUGCCCGCUGUGGCCCCAGCUUUCGUCUCACACCUCAAGAGACACGCGACGCACGACGGGAAGCAUCUCUGCCGGGCGCAUUCCUGUUGGUCCCAUCUCAAUGAUGCCACCGCGGCUAUUGCCGCUCUGCUCAUCUCUGUGGCCCAGUCUGGGCAGGAGGAGCUUGCGUCGGAUAGCUUGAGGCUUGAGUUUGAGACCCAUAGACGGCCAGUGCCGGCCGCACUUUCAAGAUGUGGCCUUCAAACUGCCAUGUAACAUCACUCCAGCAGAUCAACAAGGGAGGCACAUCGUGAGGGUUUGGGAUUUGCCCUCCCCCACGGCGAUCCAUCGCCUUCCCAAAGAAGCGACAGCUCGUUAACCAAUCGGCGUCUAGGUUGCACAAGCUACCUGUGGCUGCCACCCCUACCUGCCUGAGCUUCGUCCCGCUUCGUGCUGGGCAGGAUCCCGCCGACUGUGCUGCCCGCCGAUCUGAGGCUUGCGUCUGUCCGAGCCUCCCCGGACCUUCUUCCAGGGCUGGUAGUAUCCGGAGCUCGCACGCUGGGGAGGUAUCUGGCGUUGAUACGAGAUUGAGCGGCCCAGUC